CUGAGCAAUUGCGAAAUUCACCAAAUGUCAUUCGACUUUUCAAAAUUCACCAAAUGCCACUGAGUUUUAACAAAAUUCACCGAGUGCCAUUACUGACUGACAGCCGUUAAUUGACCGUUAGUGACCCCACCACUUGCCACAUAUCACUUUUUGAUUGGUCCGUUUUUAAAAAAAAUAAAAAAAAAUUCCAAAAACAAACCAAAAUAUUAAAAAAAAAAUAAAAAAAACCCAAACCUCAAACCCCAGCCACCACCUCAGCAUCCACCAGCCCACCUGCAUCGGCGUGCCCCCCUCCCUUUCCCCUCCUCUUCCCCCGUCGCGCCACCCACCCUAGCCUAAACAGUCAGCUACCACCCCCUCCAUAACCACCACCUGGUCCGGCAUACCCCCACCCUACCCGUUCUCACCUAACCCACCCACCCAACCCCACCUGGUCCACCACCUCGAAACCCCCUCGCUCCGUCCUAGACAGUUGCGCACUCAGGUCAUCAAAACCAAGAGGCGCAUUCCCUUUUUCAGGCCGUUGAAUCGCAAGCGAGUCGGAGAAGAUGGAGCAGCACAACAACAUAUACAGCAGUCGGCGAGUCCAUUUCACCGAUUCCAAGCCUCGAUUCGACGCCUCUCCUGCCGACAACGACACCAAACCUCAGCCUGAUAAUCCAUCGGGAAAUCUGGAGCCGUUCAUGGGGGUUAAAGCUCGAAGGUUAGCUUCUUUUCACCAAACCAAACCACCUCAGAUAAUUCGUCGGGAAAGGGAGGGGGUAGGGUUUCGGGGUGGUGGAGGAUGGGAGGUGGGGUUUCAGGGUGUUGGAGGAAGGGGGUAAGGGUUUCGGUCGGAUUUUGAGUUUAAUGGGUGGGUGGUCGCGACGGGAGAGAGUAGGGGAAGGGGAGGGCUUCAAUGGUCACCGGCGCGCCUGCCGGUGAGGAUACAGGUCGCCGGCGGCAAGGGUUUCGGGGUUCGGCGGCAAGGAGGGGGUGGUGGUUGGGGUUUAGGUGGUUUUCUGUUUUUUUUUUUUUUUUUUUUUUUGGUUUUUUUAGUUUUUAUUUAUUUAUUUUUUAAUUUUUUUUAAAAAAAUGACUAAUCAUAAGGUAACACGUGGCAAGUGGUGGGUCAACUAACGGUCAACUAACAGCCGUUAGUCAUUAAUGACACUUGGUGAAUUUUUUUAAAACUCGGUGGCAUUUGGAGAAUUUUGAAAAGUUGGAUAGGUGAUUUUUUUUAAAACUCGGUGGCAUUUGGUGAAUUUCGCAAUUGCUCAGUGGCAUUUGGUGAAAUAACCGUAGAAAAUAUUGUAUGAGAAUAAUAAAAAGUAGAGAAUAUUGUAUGAAAAAGAGAAAAAGUAAGUAAUGAUUAUUUAGAUAUAUGUAUAUUUUGUAUGAGAAAGAUAAAAAGUAAGUAAUAAUUAUGUGCUAUUUUUAAGAGUAUGCACAAUAUUUUCGGACACCCAAAAAGGAAUAUAGACACGAAUUAUGGGACGAAAAGUAAUAAAGAAUGAAGAAAGUAAUUAAUUCCAAAAAAAAAAAAAAGUUGAUCCUCAUAGACGCUCACCAAUUUUUCUUCAACAUUAUUAAAUGUUGUUAAUUCGUCUUAGAGCAAAUAAAUUAAUGCAUAUAGUGAGCUAAACCCUUAAAUGACAUUUAUCAAAUAUGUAACCUAAGGUUGGAACUUGGAAGAGAUAAUCCUUUUUAUUAAAUGAAUCUUAACUUAAAAUAAGGAGAUUUUUCAAAUUGAUACUCCCUAGUGGUAAACUGGUAAUUGAUUUGAUGCAUGAUUUUGUCCUAAACUAUUUACUUCACUUACCCAAAAUUUAUUUACUACUUAAUCCACAUGGUUCUCUUUGAAAAAUACACAUGGUUGCUUAAAUUACAACCGAGGAAAAAGAAAAAAAACAAAACAAAACAAAAAAAGGGAAAAAAAAAAUGUAAAAUCCCAAAAUGAUUUGAUUAAUCAAAAGAAAAAAAAUUUGCAGAUCAAAGAAAGAGAAAGCAAGAGCGAAACCACUGCGGAUCACGACAGCUUCUCUAACCCACCAACCAAACUAUUCAUUUUUUUUCUCUCUCCUUCAACUCCAUUUCGAAAUCUUGCAUUUUAAGCUCAAAAUUCUACUGAACAAAAGCAGAAUACUCCAAUUGUCGGCAAGAGAAUUUCCUGCUUUGUUUUGUAACCCCAGAAAAAAAGUGAGAAAAAAAGGGUCAAUAUAGUCUUAUAGAGUCAAAUUUCAGUGUAUAAUUUGGAAAAAAAUUGAUUGAAUUUGUGCAAAAAUUGAGUGAGGGAGUUGAAAUUUGCUCAAAUGUUAGUCCAAGAUCGAAUACCCACAAAGGGUUCAGCUCAAAAUCCCCAAAAUUUGACGAAAUCCCAGGUGAGAAAUCUUCCAAGUUUACAUCCUAGUCGAUUUUCUGAGUCAAAAUCCCUAGAUUUUUCAACAUGGGUAUCUGAAAAUUUGUAUAAAAUAUUUGCAAUUUUAGUAUUACUUGCUACUGUUGCUGCUCUUUUCUUCCUUCGUAAUGUUGGUUAUAAUGCUGCACUUAUUUGCUUUGAAACCGAAGCUACUAAGGUUGAUACCAUACAUUUUCCUAAAAUUGAUUGGAAUUCUAUUAAACCCAACUUUGAUAAGGUCACCCCAUAUUCGAAUUUUCGGGCGGAGAAGUGGAUCAUUGUGUCUGUUUCGGAUUAUCCGAGCGAUUCGAUUAAGGGUUUUGUUAGGAUCAAAGGAUGGCAGGUCCUUGCAGUAGGAAAUGCUAGAACCCCUAAUGAUUGGAGCCUUAAGGGUGCUAUUUUUUUGUCUUUAGAUAUGCAAUCGAAAUUGGGUUUUCGGGUUUUGGAACAUUUGCCUUAUGAUUCAUAUGUUAGGAAAAGUGUUGGGUAUUUGUUUGCUAUUCAGCAUGGUGCUACUAGGAUUUUUGAUGCUGAUAAUAGAGGUGAAGUGAUAGAUGGGGAUUUAGGGAAGCAUUUUGAUGUGGAAUUAGUGGGGGAGCAGGCUAGGCAGGAGAUUAUAUUGCAGUAUACUCAUGAGGACCCGAACCGAACAGUUGUUAAUCCGUAUGUACAUUUCGGGCAACGGUCUGUUUGGCCUAGGGGAUUGCCUCUUGAAAAUGUGGGUGAAAUUGGGCAUGAGGAGUAUUACACUGAGGUAUUUGGUGGGAAACAGUUUAUUCAGCAGGGGAUCUCUAAUGGUCUUCCUGAUGUAGAUUCGGUUUUCUAUUUUACUAGGAAAUCAGGGUUGGAAGCAUACGAUAUUAGGUUUGAUGAGAAGGCUCCAAAGGUUGCCUUACCACAGGGUAUGAUGGUGCCUCUUAAUUCUUUUAAUACAUUGUAUCAUACUUCAGCAUUUUGGGGUUUGAUGCUUCCUGUUUCUGUCAGUACUAUGGCUUCUGACGUGUUGAGAGGUUACUGGGCUCAGAGGCUUUUGUGGGAGAUUGGAGGCUAUUUGGUUGUUUACCCUCCAACAGUUCAUAGACAUGAUAGAAUUGGAUCAUACCCUUUUGCGGAGGAAAAAGAUCUCCAUGUGAAUGUGGGUCGUCUGUCUAAGUUUCUGGUUUCCUGGAAAUCACACAAGAAUAGACUGUUCGAAAAAAUAUUAGAGUUGAGUUUUGCUAUGGCAGAAGAAAGAUUUUGGACUGAGAAAGAUGUGAAAUUUACCGCUGAUUGGCUCCAGGACUUGCUUUCUGUUGGAUACCAGCAGCCAAGGCUAAUGUCUUUAGAAAUCAAUCGGCCACGGGCAGCUAUUGGCCAUGGAGAUAGAAAGGAAUUUGUCCCUAGAAAGUUACCCUCUGUGCACCUUGGGGUUGAGGAGACAGGUAGUGUGAACUACGAAAUUGGGAACUUGAUUCGAUGGAGAAAAAACUUUGGAAAUAUCGUGCUAGUUAUGUUUUGCAGUGGCCCUGUUGAACGUUCUGCCUUGGAAUGGAGAUUGCUUUAUGGUCGAAUCUUCAAAACUGUCAUCAUUUUAUCGUCACAAAAGAAUGAAGAUCUUAUUGUUGAUCAAGCUCAGUUGGAUUAUGUGUACAAGCAGCUUCCUACGAUAAUGAACAGAUAUUCAAGUGCCGAAGGAUUUCUUUUUCUCCAAGAUAAUACCAUCCUUAACUACUGGAACCUAGUACAAGCUGACAAGACUAAGCUUUGGAUCACUAACAAGGUAUCAAAAUCAUGGACUCCUGUCUCAAACAACAAUGGUGAUUGGUUCUCCAAACAAGGAGAAAUGGUAAAGAAAGUUGUUGAGACAAUGCCAGCUCACUUCCAAGUAAAUUACAAGGAAGCUGCAAAGAGCAAUCAGGGCUUUGUGGUAUGCAGUUCAGAGCUAUUCUUUGUUCCGAGGAGUAAUGUAGAAGACUUCAUUGAUUUAAUUGCUUUAGUAGGCGACUUGGAAAUGCAUCACAAGGUUGCAAUACCCAUGUUCUUUCUGGCAAUGGAUUCCCCACAGAAUUUUGACCCGAUAUUCAGCACAAUGGUUUAUAAAAAGAAACCACCAUCAGGCAACACAACCUUGUAUUCUGCUCAAGCACCGGCCAUUCACCCCUGGAGUGUAUCAAGUGAACAAGAAUUUAUCAAGCUUAUUAGAGUAAUGGCUGCUGGAGAUCCUCUUCUGAUGGAAUUGGUUUGACGCGAAGAGCAUUUUUAUUCUUUUGCCAUUCAAGUCAGAAACAAGUAAAAACAGUAAGUAGAAAAGCAUAUGUAACACUGUCAAUGAACACUUCUGUUUUUUGUUCUUUUUCCUGCCCUCGAAGGGGGAGGAAUUUUUGUAAAUUUUUUUCCUUAUGAUUCAAAUUCAGUGAGUGAAUAUUCCAAAGGAAACAAGAGGAAUUCUGUUCAUUCUUUCUAA